UCAACUGAAGUAAUUUGAAGGAAGAACACGCCCUUUUGAUUUGAUUUGAUUUGAUUGAGCUAACCUAAUCCAGCUCUUUCCCUGAUUAUAAUGAUUCAUUUACUGCUUUCAACUAGACCUGAUCUGGGUCUACAAAUUGUUAAUUGUAUACAUUCUUAAGUCCAGGUAAAUUUCUGAUCUUGAUCUUCAAGUUUUCCUCCCUUUUUUCCUGCAUAUUUACAUAAAAUUCAUUGGUUUUACUGAAUCAUCUAUAAGAUCAAUCCAAUUGAUUGCUGCUGUCUACAUAUAUUAUUAGCAGGUUAGCAUAACUUUGGUUAUGGCUAUUCAAGGAAUUAGGAGUUUGUUUAUGCUACCCAACAGAAAUGGCGCAUCAUCUACUGCAAAUUUGGUACUAUGGUUUCGUUCCAUGACAACAAGCAGACGAGUCCAAGAUCGCAGCAAAGACAAGAGGAUUCGCGAGCUUGAAAACGCAACAGAGAGAUGGAAGAUCUUUUCUAAAGUGUUACUUUUGAUAGAGACAUUAAAACAAGAACCUGAACAUAUCAUUCGUGUAAGAUCACUUGAGCAGUGGCGGAGGCAGAUCAAUUUGAAAAAGCCCCAUAAGCUGUCAGAUUUUCUCCGUAAAUCGCCUAAAUUAUUUCAGUUGUACAAGGACCGAUGGGGUGUACUCUGGUGCGGUCUGACAAAAGAGGGUGAAGCAUUAUCCAUGGAAGAGGAAAAGCUCAUUGAAGAAUAUGAAGACAAGGCUGCUGAGUAUGUAACAAGAAUACUAAUGAUGUCAAUAGACAAACGAGUUCAGAUCAAUAAAAUCGCUCAUUUCAGACGUGAUUUUGGCUUGCCUGUAGAUUUUCGGAAAACAUGGGUUCACAAGUAUCCCCAAUAUUUCAAGGUGGUUAACAAUGAUGACGAUAUUGAGUGUUUGGAGCUAGUUUCGUGGAACCCAUCUUGGGCCAUGACCGAAUUGGAAAAGGUUACUCAAAACGAACAAGAAGUAGGCGUGGAUCAUAAGCCCGGUUUACUUACCCUUCCUUUCCCAUUGAAAUUUCCACAAGAUUUCAAGAAAGUUUACAGAUACAGAGGAAAAAUCGAACAUUUUCAAAAGAGGCCCUAUUUGUCUCCAUAUGCGGAUCCUAAAGGUCUCGAACCUGGAUCGAAAGAGUUCGACAAAAGGGCGGUUGCAGUUAUGCACGAGCUGCUUAGCUUUACUAUCGAGAAGAGAUUAGUAACUGACCAUUUGACUCACUUUCGUAGAGAGCUGGUGAUGCCCCAGAAGCUGAUGAGACUAUUGUUGAAGCAUUUUGGAAUAUUCUAUGUUUCCGAGAGGGGGAAGAGAUUUAGCGUGUUCUUGACAGAAGCUUACGAAGGGUCGGAGGUUAUCCAGAAAUGCCCACUUCUUAUUUGGAGGGAAAAAGUUCAAAGUCUUGUUGGUUAUAGAAGAAAGAAACAUGAGCAUAGUACUUUUGACGAUUUAUCGGAUUUAUCUGAGACCGAUACAGAUCUGUUUGACGAUGAAUCUCGUGAUGGCGGUGGAGGAAUGGUUGCGGAUCGACACGAGACGGAGGAGGAGGAGGUGAUGAGUGGUUUUGAGGAUAGUAAUGUUUCAGAUGGAGAAAGUUCUGAAAUGGAAAUUGACGAGAUUUCUCGUGCUUACUAGAAAUUUAAAUCCAAGCUGUUUUUUGAUGCUUCUUAUAGAAAAUAAAAACAGUUUUUGAGCUUCAAUGGAUAACUGCAAUGACUUCAAUCUGGUACGAGGUAAAAAUAUGUGAGUUUUUAAUUGUUAAUGCAUAAUACCAUUGAAAAUAUUAGAUGAACAUUAGAACUAGAGCUUGAUUUACCUUGACUAGAACUAAAAUUAUUAUUUCUUUU